AUGGCACCUCCGCCCGGCCAGCAGCCUUCAUCCUGGUGGGCACCGCCACUAAGGCAGUGCCGUCGACAACCAAAAUGUUCCCGCUGCAGGAAUCACGGCUUCUUGACGAACCUGAAGGGGCACAAGCGCUUCUGCCAGUGGAAAGAUUGCCAAUGUGAAAAGUGUAAGCUUAUAACCGAGAGGCAGAGGAUCAUGGCGGCUCAGGUUGCCUUGAAGAGAGCGCAGGUUCAGGACGAGGAGGAGGGCAUCUGCAAACUGGUAAAGCAGCCCAGGUCGGAGUCUGUGGUGAAAAGCAAAGAAGAGGCCCGCCGCCCCUCGGCGGCCCAAGGACGAUCCCUGACACUGACGGCCGAUUCUUCUCCUCUGCUGUCUGCCAAAGGUAAGGCGACAAUCUCCAUCAAACAUUUAUGA